AAACCGAUGGUACGGAUGAAGGAGGCGGGGGGCUCUCAACCGUCCUCGCACCACGUGGUCUCUAUGUUUAUCAGCAGGGGAUUCUGGGAAGCGGUGGUCAUGGUAACCGACGUAAACAACGGCCGUCUUCCUCCACCUCCUUCUCCUCGUCUCGGGUCCGGAGCAGCGCCAAAGCGGACGGAGACGGCGAACAUGGCUCUCGGCGCUGACAAGUAUUAUGAAAAGAUAACGUCGAUCCAACAGAACAUGCAUAAAAGGGAGAGACGCAGGCUGGAGCUGGAGAGAGAACUGUUUGCCUUCUCCAGAUCCGAUAACAGAAUCUCACAGAUAAAGCGCUCCAGACUGCACAGUUAUCUCAAGGAAAUCUGUGACAGGGGAGCACGAGCAAAAAUGAGAAACCUUGAGCUUCUGAGAGAUGUGGAGAGCAUAGAAAUUAGCAUGAAGGAAUACAGUCGUGACCAUUGUCCCCUGCAACAACAAAAGGCUGACGUUUUGAAAAAGAUUUCCAGAUUUACGGAAGCAAAGAAGAAUGUGACGAAGGGGCUUAAUGCAGAUAAGGAUGAAGCCACGUCUGGGCAGUUCCAGGACAGCCCCCUCUCUCGCCCAGCCGGGGAUUUUACAAAACCACCAGUGGUAAUUUUUAUGGGCCACCAGACCUCCAGAGGGUCUGACGCUGAAGCUGGCACCACAAGUGUACACUCACACCAAGCAUUGCGUCGUUCACCCAAUCGCAGCAUGCACUCCCGUGAACGUCUACCAAGUGGCCUUUUGAAGGACUUCAGAGUUGGCGCGGAGGAUGCCGCCGGCAGCCGAGCGCAUUUAUCAGAUGACAUUUCAGGCUCAGACGAUUCCCCCGACGGCUGCAAUUUGAGUGACAAACACGAAAGAACGACGGCGGCGUCGCUUCCGUCUGUUCCGUCCAUUUGCGCCUCGACGGGCGCACCUGGCCGGGCGCCUUUCGGGAGUGAUGGUGAACAGGAAGGGUCACCUCCGGUGACCCUGGCGCGGCCCGAGAAGAGCCCGUCUCCCGGCAGCGUUAGACCGAAAGCUGAGCGUUCCCCUGCAGAACACAGUGAUUCCCGAGAGGUGACUCAUCAGCCCCCCGUAAUGGAAGGCGGAGAGCCGGGUCGCGGCCAUUUCAUGCCUCCAACCGCUUUUGGAACAGGAGCUCGGGAUGUACCAGGCAGACGCGAGAGCGUCGGCACCCUGAGCUCCGGUGUGCCGUUGUCAGAGAGCCCUGUUAGUGACCUGUCCAUUUCGCUGACACAAUCUGAGCUGGAAGAGGAUCCGCCGGAGGGUGUGGCCCCCGAGACGAGUGCCACUCCGUCGGGAGCGAGCGACGAUCACAAUCGGCGGCGCCGUCCUGAAUCUCCCCUCCAGUCUGACAGCUCUGAGCACACGCCACAGUUAAACCGCGAAUCCUCGGCUCCGGCGGGGACAUCGGAAAGUCUCUCCCAGGAAGGAUUCUUUCGUCUGCUGGACAACAUCGAAGGACGACUCGGUGGCGAGCGGACCGGCGUGUACGCCGAGGCUUCGAUUGGCGGGAGGCAGCUCAAUAGAAUUAUCAGCCUUUGUAACCGCGGAGCGGCCUUGAAUGACGAGGACCUUGAAGCAUGUGGAGCAGUCGUCCUUCAUGGGCUUCAGAGGUUGUCAUGGAGCACGGCGAAGGGCUGCCUGCUACCAGAGGAUCUAGUGGGGGCUCAGCAGUCCAGCACUGAGCCUCGUGAAAUAAGCGCCAGCCUCCCUCCCGACGCCGCUCGGCUGUGGGAUCGCUGGUUCAAGCACGCCCUUCUGCUGAAGGAGCGCCGUGUCCUCAGCACCGAGCGCCUGGUCCAGCUGUUCACGCCGCUGCUGCUGGAGCGCCAUGCCACCUACAGCCACCAGGCCAAAGUGCUGCUGAGGACACUCGUGUCCCGGUCCAGUGAGGAGUGCCCCUCAGCGGGGGACGAGAGUGACUUGUCUUCUUCGUGUGGUCCUCCUCCUCUCCUGGCUGACGGUGAGGUGAAGCCCGGCCGGCCGGCACGGAAGCAGCACAUCCAAGAACUACAAAGUAGUGAAGAGGACAGCCAGGACGAAAGCCCUGUGGAAAGUGUUCCUAUUAGAGAGACAAAAGCUUAUCGGUUACUUAAACAAUCAGCCAUGCAGGAAAUGCUGCAGAGUUCUGAAGAGGAGGGGGAUGAGGAUGAGGAGGAGGAGGAGGAGGAGGAGGAGGAGGAGGAGGAGGAGGAGGGGGAUGGCCUCUCAGGAAUAAAUCAUGGCCAUGAAGAGGAUCUGGGGAGGGCCAAACGCUCCUCACAUCAAGACCCUUACCCUCGGAAAGAGAAGACCAACUCAAAAGCUCAUCCUGUACAAACCAAAGCUUUCUGGGGCGACUCGGAUGAUAGCGACUCGGAGAUCGAAGCGGCCUUGCGUCCCAAACCUUUCAACACAAACAACCAGGACAUUAAUGGCUUCUGUGACUGAUAUUUUCCUGCAGAUGUUUUUUUUUUCUUUUUUCUUUUUGUUGAAAGGAACUACUUUAUUUUCCCGCACGGUCUCGGCCGGUUGGCCUUGCAGUAAUUCAACCCCUGACCAUUAUUUCAGUGGUCUGCAUUGUAAAUCAUAUGCACGCUGUAUCGUAAAAACAAAUAAUAGAGUUGACAGCUCUCACGCUGGGUAAAGAGCGUGAAGAGUUGUCCAACACUCUGAUGUUAACCCUGCUUCAGUCUCUUUAUCUGAACAACUCUCCCGGCUCAUAAUAACAGCUCGAAAUAGAUUAAACUGAUCUUUUAAAGCGAUUUGUUUGCACUAGGCUGAAAAUCAUGCAUUUUGAAUGCCGCAGGCAUCUCCGAGUGCUCUACCUCCAGCAUGCUCAAGUGUAGUGAUAUGAGUCACCUGUGAAAUGACAAAGCACAAUGGCCACUCUGCACGCUGCUGCGCGACCUGUGAACCUGCUGAAGAGGCCCAUCUCCCAGGGCACAAAGUGUUGCAGCUCUAACAAACUCUGAAUAUUUAGAACCGCCUAACAAACGCCCCACACAACAUUUUCACAGCUGCUUCUUCCGAUGCCAACAAAGACGCACGUCUCAGUUCGGCCGCGUCGUUGUGUAAAUGAGUCACGAGUAGCCGGAUUGGUGCCGAAAAACCACAAAAUAGCCUCCUGCCACGUAUUCUUUUAGCAGCAUCAACAUCGAGCGCGCCGCCUGCGUCAAUGGCGCCGAGCUCCUGUGUGGGAGGCCACAUUCCCAAGUUUACAUUCCCAGUUCAUUAUGUCUAGCAGUGUAAAUUUCCAAAUCUGCCAAAUCUGGGACGCGGUAAAAGCCCCCCGGCAUUCAGUGUCAGCGGGAUUCCAUUAGUCAGCAUUAGGUGACUUUACAUGCCUGAACCUUUUUUAAAGUAGGACUCCACAUUCAUUACCAAUAAUGGCUUCAGACAGCCCUGACCCACCGCGGGAAAAAGGGACGGCGGCAGAAUCAUUUUGAGUUAUCUAAAAGGCUCCCUAACAUAAUAUCCAUGUUAAGGAGCAUGUCAACAGAUACUUGUGUGCAACGGAUAAAUCCCGGUGGAAGCGGGAGUUGUAUUAUACUAAUGUGUACUAACACAAUAACAUUUUUAAAAAGGCCCUUUCCCCCGAUUCCGUUCCAGAGAGACGAUGUGGAUGAAAUUCCGAGCAGGUGCACGCAGAUGGUCAUGGGGGGGCGUCCAGAGUUUCAUCUUGCAGUUGAGGGCUUCGCACAGUGGCUGAAUUACUUGAUCUAUCGCGCUCUGGUCGCCGUUAGACCGGCGGCUCCCUUCAUACGACUAGGACGGGAAGAAAAGUGUGUUCUUCUCACAAAGUGGUGAUAUAACAGGUAAACAACCCUUUACAGGUAAACCACACAGCAAGCUUGACAAUCAAUUUUGAGAGGUUCCCAAAUGUGGAAGCCUAUUGGCUUCGUACUACUGUUGGGAUGAAACAAAUUGCAGACGUUUGAUGGACCAAACAAUUUGGGAGAUUGAGACGAUAAUUUGUGGAUUCAUCAACAACCUAAUAUCUCAAACUAAUAUAGUGUUUAUAGUGAUAUCUCCGAGCGCUGACACAUUUAUUUCCUGUCAAAGCUCAUUGCAGCGUUGUGUGUUUCAUUUUUGUGUUUAUAUUUGUUAUGUAACAAAGAAUUAGGACCGGACAAGGUUACAUGAAUGAAAAUGACAUGAAUAAACUUUUGAAUGUGAGCUCCAAAUAAAUGCUGUUUUAUCAAUAUGGAAGCAUGUUCCUUUCAGUCACGCACUCCAUCAAGUGUUGAGCUUAAAUCAAUUCAUGUUCAGUCCACAUCAAUUCAGCUGUCCCGUCCCCCCCCCCCUCCCACCAAUUGCUGCCGUGAGUGUCUGGAAAGUUGAGAGGAGGGUCCUGCUCCCCCACACGCCUGAUUGACCUACUUUUUGUCCAGGCAACUUCCAAUAGGACGGGGUCACUGUUCUUUCAUUGGCGGUUUGCGUUUGAGUCGCCCGCAUGCGUCUGAAUUGUUAACCCAGCACACUUGUGUUGCCAGCAUCAGAGAUGUGAAGUCUGACGAUCCUCUUACUGCGUUUUAAAUUGAAAUAAUGCAUUUUGGAUAUCGCUUCAAGUAAGAUUGUAAUUUGUAGUCAGGGUCCACGUCAUGUUUUGCUCUAAUCUGUUUGUGUAAUAUAUUCCUUCCUGGACGAGCGGAGGCACACCAUUGUGCGCCUUUUCAUUCUCCCCUGCCGUACUUUUAUUUUUACCACUGAAUAAUCAUUAAGAGCAAGGUCAUUUUGAUCUUCUGCCUCAAUAGGCCUCAAUUAAAUAUUCAUUCAUUCUGACGUGGCCUCCUCUGCACCUUCUUUGGUAUGUGUGUUAGAGAGACAAAAGCCUGUGCUUUUGAUUACACAGGCUGGGGCUUUUUCAAAGGGAUCAGGCAUCAUUAUAUGGAGUUAAACAAUCUUUUACACUGAUCAACAGUGAGUUGUUGGCAAAAUGUUGACUUUGGCGAGGAUGAAUAAAUUUGUCCUUGUCGAAACAAGAAAAUAAGUCAGUUUGCAAAGCUUUAUGGAGCUCCAAGGCUUCGGGUCCGUGUGUCGUGCUGUGAAUCGCAGCAAUUUAUCCACAACUACGACAACAUGUAGGCUCUACGUUUUCAACGGGAAACUUCUAACACCAAUAAAUCAUUUUUAUGUUCUUUUCAUUUGAAAUAGAAUGAAUACACAUGUAUGCAAGAUAUUGUUUUGCACAUUGGCGUUUUGGUCAUGGGUGCAUCAUGGGUGCAGGAGCGGCAGAAUCUUACUCACUUGUUCUGUUGAUGCAACUCUUUGGUAAUCAAUAGUUUGAUGGAUAGGCCUUGCAUUUGGUACACUUUCAUUGUCUAUGUAUUGUAUUGAUUAAAUGAUUCCUGACUUUAGGUUUAAUUGUGUUUUUCCCGUGGAACAUUUCAAAAUGACUGUCGUGAAAAAAGAAAGCCUUGUACUUUUAACUGAGCUGAAAUACUUUGAAAUACAAACUUGAAUACACAA